CCCACAAAAAUCUCUCACAAACUAACCAACACUCUUACAUGUUACCUAGCACCAUCCAUGGCCACCACACCUUACAAAGACGAACCCGACUACGACAGCAGCUCCUCCUCCAUCACCGUACCAGACUCCACCCGAAGCUGGAUGAGUAACCUCAGCUUCGGAAGCCGUCGUCGCGGAAGCUCCGUCUCCGUCUCUUCCACCACCACAUACACCUCCUCAACACUACCCUCCAACGCCAAACCUCACAAAGCAAACCAAGUUGCAUGGGAGGCCAUGAGUCGACUCCGACUCGACAAAGGCCGAGUCGGACUCGACCAUUUCCGACUCCUAAAACGACUCGGAAGCGGCGACAUAGGAAAUGUGUAUCUUUGUCAGAUAAGAAACCCGGUUGUGGGUUUGCCUCAGUGUUUGUAUGCUAUGAAAGUCGUUGAUAGAGAAGCACUUGCAAUAAGAAAGAAGCUUCAGAGAGCGGAAAUGGAGAAGGAGAUUCUGCGUAUGCUUGAUCAUCCUUUCUUGCCUACUCUCUACACUGAAUUUGAUGCUUCUCAUUACUCUUGUUUGGUCAUGGAGUUUUGUCCUGGUGGUGAUUUAUAUGCUUCUCGCCAACGCCAGCCUGGGAAGCGCUUUUCCUUAUCAUCCUCUAAGUUUUAUGCAGCUGAGACACUAUUGGCUUUAGAAUAUCUACACAUGAUGGGAAUAGUAUACAGAGAUUUAAAGCCAGAGAAUGUUUUGGUAAGAGAAGAUGGACACAUAAUGCUAUCAGAUUUUGAUCUUUCUCUUAAAUGCGACGUCGUUCCGAAGCUGUUAAGAAGCAAAACAAGGUUAGAACGUAGCAUUAAAUCAACUACAAAGAGAGCUUCAACACCUUCAUGCAUUUCACCCAUGCAACCAGUUUUAUCAUGUUUAUUAUCAUCAAGCAAGAAGAAGAAAACGACAGUUGAAACAGUUAUAAGAGAGAAUGUUCAAGAGGAGUUUGAGGUUGAUCUUGAUCCUGAUUUUGUAGCGGAACCAAUUGAAGCAAGAUCGAAGUCCUUUGUUGGAACACAUGAGUAUUUAGCACCAGAAGUUAUAUUAGGACAAGGUCAUGGAAGUGCAGUGGAUUGGUGGACAUUUGGUGUUUUUUUGUUUGAGAUGUUAUAUGGAAGAACACCUUUUAAAGGUGAGAACAAUGAGAAAACAUUGGUAAAUAUUCUUAAACAAGAACUGUCUUUUCCUAGGAUUACUGUUAAUAGUAAUUAUGAGUUUGAAGAGAUGGUGAAAGUUCAAGAUCUUAUAAGUAAAUUGUUGGUGAAGAAUCCAAAUAAGAGAAUUGGAAGUUGUUUGGGUUCUGUUGAGAUUAAAAGACAUGAGUUUUUCAAAGGUGUUAAUUGGGCUUUGAUUAGAUCAGUUAAACCUCCUGAAGUUCCUAGUGAUAAGAACAAGAUUAGGAAUAGGGUUAUGGUGCCUAAGUUAAGCAAGAAAGAUAGAGAUCAACCAUUUCAACCUAAUCAUCGUUUUGAUUACUUCUAAAUGUAUGUUUAUGUCUAUGUUUAACAAAAAUUACACAUUUAGAGUUUCAAUAAAAUUAUAGUACUAGUAUCACUAUGAUUAUGUGAAAUGUAAUUACAAUAGUUUAGAACAUUAUGAAGUUUUUUUGUAUGCAUUGAAUUGAGUUAUUUGGUCAUUAUUAUAAUAUUGAUUAUUCUUACUAUAUGAUAGCUAUGGUAGUUGAGGAUUUUUAGGUGAAGAAAAGUAGGAUCCCAUAAUUGUACUAAUGUGAUUUUCAUGAAAGUUUAUGAAGUCAUGUGAUGAUAAUAAUUACAGUUGUGAAUAUUGAUGAGAAAAUUGAA